AUGGCACCGAGUCGUCAUUCUCAAGAGACAAGAAAUUCGCUGCAUAUCGGGGAUGUGAACCAUCCCGUUGUACUGGCGACUAAGGGCAGUUUCAUGCGGCGGUCGGACGCCGGCCUGAUCGAUGAAGACAAGGCAUUAUGCAAGGAACUUCUUCGUGCCGUGCAGCCAAAAUCUGUCAAUCCUUUAUUUAAUGACCUAUACGACAGAUUCAACACGCUUCUACGCGACCGAUCUGAGUCUCGAAUUUACCUCGAAUUACAUCCCCUUAUUGUCCCUUCAGCUGAGAACCUCUACAUCAUGGGACGUGAAGAGUUUGGUGGUCUCAUUGAAGGCCACAACGAUGCGUGGGUGAAAGCGAUUCCAUUCUACGGACCGCGUCCGCAACCCGAUCACACUUACGGGUUUAAGUGGUCUAACUUUACUGAGAUACAACGAAAGAAACUCAAUAUCGACCCAGGCGAAAAAAUCCUACUAUACGACGCGAGAAGAUGUUUAUUUCCCUUUCCUGACGAGCGAAGUCAAAUGCGGCAAGCAGGGACUCGAUCUCGCCGAUCGGCCUAA